ACAAUUCGUAGUCGACAUUGAUGAAUGGGCAACAUAUGCACUUACGAAUGAACUGUUCUGAAAUGUACGGGGGUUAGUCGUAUGAUUGCAAGUUAUCUCAAGAAAAGAAAUAUAGUCUAGUUUUAUCAGACGAACAUGAGUAGGUGUGAAGUGAUUGUAAGAGAUAAUGAUAGAAUCCGUAAGGAUAAAAGAUCUGGAAGCUGGACACUCAUGACUUUUAAAACAGAAUCGACUGAAAGAGCUGACUUCAUAAAUCAUUUUUCUGAACUUCCUUCUUUGCAGAGUAUUGCAGUCGUGUCGAUUGCAAUUGGGCUAUGUACGGCUCCUGAUAUAAGGAAUGAAAUGACAUCUUCUUUCUUAUCAUCUCUCAUAAACUAUAGCAAGGAUAUGGCUGAGUUGGAGAGCAGAAUAUUAAACAAAUUGUCUAAUAGCUCUUUGCCCUCAUCGCUGAAGACAAAAAUCUCAUACGUUAUUCGACCCAUUUUGUGGCAGUUGUGGAAAGCGUUUCGUAGUUACUGUAGAUGGACAGGAUAUAAAGAAAAUCUCUGUGAUGAGCAUUACAUGAAGUGUGGUACAAUUUAUUGGACAGUUGAGGGGACAGUUGACACAGUGAAAUCCCUUACGGAACUAUUCAAUAAUGGAAGCUUAGGAAGCUUAGAUAUUUGCCAUUUGUAUGAGAUAGCCUGCUCUCACUGUUUAAGGGAAUAUGCUUCGAUUUUGUGGGAGAAGAUUCCAGAGGAAUUUAGAAACCGAUUUAGAAUCGCUACGGUAACAAAUAAAUACCACCACGAUUUGAUUAUAUAUUGGACAUGUGUCCUCGAGAAUAAUUUAGGGAGUUUUCUAACUAGACUCAUAGAUCCUAAAAAUGUAUACGAUGAUAAGCUUAGUAUUGAUGCAAAUAUGAUUGCUUGUUCGAUUCUAAUGGGUAACAUAGUUGCCCUAAAGUAUUUUUGGAAAAAAUUGACGGAGAAUGAGAAAAAUGAUCAUUUGAGUAAAUGGCUUUUGCAAGCCACUCGACGUGUGGGAGUUCAAAAUCCUUCACUUUAUGUGUAUUCUUCAGAAGCUUUAGAUGUUUUAUGUUUUUUAUUAUCUCAUAUCAAUCGUAGAACUCAAAUGAUCGAAUUUUUUCGGAAUCAUUCUCGAGUAUUAGUGUUUUUGUACGAAAGUUGGCCAUAUCAAAGAAUAUUCUUGUCCACUAUUUCUGAACUAUUGGAUAAUCUUCAAGAAGACAUUUAUUCAUGUAUAAUGCUGAAUAUUAGUUCCAAGAUGAGUAAAAUGGGAAAUGAAAUGAUGAUUUUUGAAGAAAUAUGGAGUGCCAGUUCAUUUAGACUAAGACGAUCAUUUCGGAAAAAUGAGCUUCUUUGCAAAGAAGUGUUGUUGCAUUUGCUGAAAUUAGAAAAUCUGAACAUGGCUAUUAGGAUCUUCAAUGAUGCUUCCAAAGAAGAGAUUAAGCUAUUUAUCUGCUUCAUGUUUGGUCGGCCUGAAUUUCGCCGUGCUAUUUAUUCAAGCAAUCUGAAUUCGCUUCACAUGUUAUUAUCAAAAUCUACCUUGCCACCAGAAUGUUAUCCCUAUAAAAUGAAUAGCAGCGAGCAAGAUAGACUGAUAAUAUCGUGGCUAAUUAGACUUAGCAAUUGUCAUAUUUGUAUUGAGUGGAUAUGCGAUGGCAACAUCCAAGCUGCUGAGUCCUUCUUGAUUUGGGUUUAUCAAUCUGUGGAAAUUGAAACAUUUAAGAAAACAAUAUCAUCUCCAAAUGUUAUCUAUUUGACAUUAAUAUUUUUGUCCAACUAUGAGCGUGUGGACCAGUUCAUGAAUUGGUAUUUCCGGACGGGAGAGGAAAUUCAACAAUUUAAAGCAGACUUUGUGCGAAAAUGGAGUAAUUAUUAUUUCAAGCGAUUCAUAGACAUGCCGUUCAUUGUAUCAAGAAGAGAAGGCGAUGUGUUGCAAAAAUUUAUAAACUACAACUUGUCUUCUCUUGAAAACGUUGUAGAAUUUCGACUUAUUUGUCGUAGUUGUAUAGAGUAUGCACUGAGUAAAGGUUUUCUUGAAAGUGCCACCUUACUUUUGAAUGCAUCUUUUGAUAAUAUCAAUGAAGUGAAGCGAUACAAAAACGAACUUAUACUAUCUGAGAAAGGAAUUAAAAAGGAUUUAAUCUUAAAGCAAUCACUAACUGAUGCUGACUGGAAUCAUGUGAAAGAAAUUGUAUUGUGGUCGUCGCCUCUAACCUUAAAUACAGUCACAGAAUUAAAGUCACUAAUUCUGGAGCAGAAGAAUAGUCACUCUUUUCAAGAUAAAUUGAAUCCACAGAUUUCAGCUCUCCUUGAUUUACUGGAGAAUGUUGUUGAGAAAGAUAGCAGAUUAUAGUUGAUCAUUUUUUUGCUAUCAAUAACGAAUUUAAAUAAAAUCAUAUUCACUGUCAAAAUACAAAUCAUUUUCACUGCUCAAUCACUGUCAAAAGAUGAAUUGUGUUGUGAUAAAUAUGUAAUUCCAUUUUUGAGCGUUAGUUGUUUAAUGUUUAUGAAACAAUAUCCGCUAUACAUUAUUUGCCACAACUUUAAUAAUUAAUUUAAUUGUCGCAACUUUAUUUUUUUAUUCUCGUUAUAUCUGAAGAGAAAUCAACAAUUUUAAGUGGUUUAUUUUUCCUCACUAUUCCCAAAAACAGUCACUAGGAAGAUGUUCAAAAGGAAAGGAAAUAACAGAAAAAAGAAGAAAA